AUGUUGGACGUAGACGAACUCCCUGAAAAGCCUAAUGUAAACACAUUCAAUAGCGUGUUGGCUGGUUUGAUUGGAGGCUUAGCUGGAUUAGCUGUUGGUCAUCCUUUUGACACAGUCAAAGUUAGACUUCAGUCAAGAGAACUUUCUUCAAGAUAUAAGGGCACUUUCAACUGCUUUGUAAGCACCAUUAAACAAGAAAAGUUUAUUGGAUUAUAUAAAGGAAUGGCUUCUCCUGCAGUUGGCGUGGGAGCUAUUAAUGCUCUAGUCUUUGGUUCAUAUACUUACUUGAUGCAACUUCAAGCACAAUCUCAGGGCAUCUCAUAUGAUGAAACAGCACAAAAUGCCCCACUGCAUCAUGUAUUUCUUGCCGGUAUGGGAUCAGGCGUGAUUUCAAGUUUUGUCACUUGUCCUAUGGAGCUUGCCAAAGUACAGCUACAAAACCAAACGACAAAUACCACAGCUGUAAAAGGACCACUCGAUUGCUUACACAAAAUGUAUCUUACAGGUGGAUUAAGAUACUGCUUCAAAGGCAUGGUUCCCACGAUGCUUCGUGAGCUAAGCUUUGGACCCUAUUUUUUGACAUAUGAAAUAGUCACAAGGUCCUUAGCCAAACCAAAUCAAGAACUCUCAGGACCGAGGGUUGUCUUGGCUGGUGGUGUAGCUGGCAUUGCAGCUUGGUGCUCUACUUAUUUCGCAGAUGUGGUAAAGACGAGAAUCCAAUCGGAACCUCACAGAUAUAAAGGAUUUAUUGAUUGCAUGAAAUGUUCAUAUUAUGAAGAAGGAUGGAGAAUAUUCUUUAAAGGCCUUACACCCACUAUCCUUAGAGCAUUUCCUUCAAAUGCUGCAACAUUUGCUGCAUACACAUGGACGAUGAACUUAUUCUUGUCCAAAGAGACAAUCACUAGAAGAACUUACGAAGAAGCUAUACUCUAA